UUGCCGUUGCGGUUCGGGACAGCAGGCAAAGCGUCUCUGCAAACAGGUGUGCAGCUGCUGCCCGAAUCAGUUUCCUACGCCUUUAAUCCAGUUUAAGGAAAGGCAGAAAGCCAUUCCAUUUGCGGAACCAUCCUCCUCGACGCGGGACGGGCAGAGGAGGGGUAAAUCUGCAUUUUAGUAGCCUAGCUAUUAUAGCCUAUUAUUUGAAGGGACAAGCGUGUUACAAGAGCGAACGCUAUGGCAACAAAAAAAUCAUCAUGCACUGAUAUAACGAAAAGGAGCCAGAGUCCCGUCGUUUUAGAGGCUGAGAUGUUCCGUGAAUUUCAGGACUGGUGCCUCCGGACAUAUGGGGACUCGGGUAAAACAAAGACCGUCACCCGGCGAAAAUACAACAAAAUCAUGCAGACAUUGUUGCAAAACGAAGAGUCGGACAGCAUGUUUGUCGACAAUAGUCACAUCAAUGCUAAAUUCAAAUUCUGGGUGAAGUCGAAAGGGUUUCAGGUCGGGAGCAACAUCCUCGGGGAGCACAAGAAAGGAGCGUCAGGGAAGCCGGUCCUAUAUGUCCCGGUCAAGUCAACGUGUGCAGAUGCAGGCUCGGCCCAGGACAGCUCGUCCCUGAAGAGGGUGGCAGUGGUGGAGGACUUCUUCGACAUCAUCUAUGCCAUGCAUGUGGAGAUGGGUGCUGACCUUGGUAGAGCACCUAAACACGCUGGCCAGAAGAAGACCUACAAAGCUAUAGCGGAGACAUAUGCCUUCCUGCCCAGGGAGGCAGUGACACGCUUCCUAAUGAGCUGUGGAGAGUGUCAGAAAAGGAUGCACAUCAAUCCCAACACUGCAGAGUUUAAAGAAAAUGAUCGACCAGCAUCCCUGGUCCCGGACCUCAUUGACUACAACAUGCCCCUGACGGCCACCUACCUGAAACAGAUGAAACUACAGUGCAUGACUGCCAAUGAGCGGGAUGAAAGUUCGGUGAGCAGUGAGGACAUGGAUAUGGCUGAGCCCACGUGGGUCUCUGCUGAGCGUCCCCCUGUCCCUGAGCUCAGUCCCCCCAAUGGAGGGAUGGUACACAGCCCACAAGCCGCAUUGAAAGAGGAAGACGAGGACGACUCUGAGAGUGCCAACGGACUGCCAUCCCUGACCCCCCUGGAGGCAAUGGUUGUGGGCAGUGUCCCUUCAGAUGGUGUGGCUCCAUACAGGGAGGUGACUGAGAACGGGGUGAGUGCUCCCCUGGACUUUAGCACCACCACCUCCUCCUCUUCCUCCUCAGAGGACCAGCAACCAGUCAAUAUGACUGACAGACUGCUGCCUGUGGGUAGCCCUGUUGGGACGCCCUACUCAGCUGACCCUACGAGGAAGUCCCCUGGGAAACCAGACUACGGCAACAAGUCUCCUCAGCACAGCUCCGGAAGCUAUGACUCGUUGAAGACAGAACUGAGCAUGAGUGCUGAGGACCUGACCUCUGGGCGUGCUCAGAUCAUCGAUGAUGAUGAUGACGAUCAUGACGACCACGAUGACAGUGACAAGAUCACUGAUGCUGAGGGAAUGGACCCAGAGAGGCUGAAAGCAUUUAAUAUGUUUGUUCGUCUGUUUGUGGAUGAGAACCUGGACCGCAUGGUGCCCAUCUCCAAGCAGCCCAAGGAGAAGAUCCAGGCCAUCAUCGAGUCAUGCAGCCGACAGUUCCCUGAGUUCCAGGAGCGCUCCCGCAAGCGCAUCCGCACCUACCUCAAGUCCUGCCGCCGUAUGAAGAAGGUUGGUUUUGAGACACGGCCCACACCCCCACACCUCACCUCUGCCAUGGCAGAGAACAUUCUCGCUGCUGCUUGUGAAAGUGAGACACGCAACGCUGCCAAGAGGAUGCGACUAGAUGUCUAUCAAGGCCCUGAGGAACCUGCUACUGCUGAUAAAAACAGCUCCAGGGACCCGGUCUCAGUUGCCCCCUCAGGCUUCUCCCUGGCUGCCUCAGCCUACUCCCAGUCCCAGGACCCAGUAUACACCAACGGCACCAACAGGGGCCUCAACUACAGCUUCCGCAGUUACGGAGCAAUGAGCAACAACCUGCCGACCACCGGUGCCACCACCACACAGACCAAUGGUCCCACUGAUCUCAGUAUGAAGUCUGUGGCUCCCACAUCCUCUUCCUCCAGUUCUAACAGUCACAGUGGUCAGGGUGGAGGUGGGGGAGGUGCCUCGGCUCAGCUCAGCCCCCCUGAGGUCACAGCAGUGAGGCAGCUCAUCGCCGGGUACCGAGAGUCUGCCGCCUUCCUGCUCCGAUCUGCAGACGAGCUAGAGAACCUGAUCCUGCAGCAGAACUGAACCAUAAACAGGCCAGGCCAGACCGGACAAACUAUGCCGUGCCAAGACCCGUCUCCCCAGGCUGUCUGUCUGUACUAUCACCCUCAGUCAAACACAUUCAGACAGACAGACACUUAAUUAAGAGUUUAACUGAGUAAAGUGUCAAAGUAAAGACUAGGAGUAAAACUGCAUCGCACAAUUGGGCCAUACAGAUAGUAGAUAUAUGGUCACAGGAAUGCAAAGAAUUUACACAAAUAUAAAAUCCAUACAUUCAAACUAAUCUUAGUGCCCAGUUAGCUGUUUCCAUUCCCAUAACAAACCUACUCCUCACCCACUUCAUUCAUACCCCAGAAACACCGCAAAGUCACCUCCUUCCAUGGAUUUUCUUUCUAAACUGAGGAGGUAUUUGUCAAACAUGAAUUAUUGCUUCAUAUUUGGCAUUAUGACACUGCUCUGUUAACCUCAACCGUAGUUUGUAAAGUUUGAAGGUUUAGGUAUGCAAAGUGUGAUCAUAGAAAAGGGGGAUGUUAAACCUGGAGGGUAAAGUACUGUAACGUGUCCAAACCUACAGGCUUUGGAUUGUAGGCAAAAGGUUCAUGCUUCUGGGGAAAGUGUGUAACAGGGUGCAAUAUGGAAGAGAAUCAGUAAAUGCAAGCCAAUUUCCAUAUACUCAGUCUUUUUGUGGGACUUUGUGCAAAGGGAGGUCUUCUUAGCGUACCUCUACCUCCUCAUGCUUUUAGUCUCAGCAUGAUGAGCUAACCUGUAAAACAUUCCCCAGAGAUAGCAGAUUUACCACAAACAUCCCAUAAUAUUUUGUAAGGCUCCGCUGGGAGCAGUAAGGUAAUUUGUCAAUCAGGAAUGCUGUGUAAAAAGAAAGUGUCUCAUGGCAGCACUGUAGCUUCAUUGUUGUCUGUUCUGAAAGAUGCUCUUCUUUAUCUGGAACCUCAUAACUGAGGCCUUUCAUUGACUGGCACCAAUCAGACAGAUGUGAAUAGGACAGAACCUGAUAUACAAUGAUAGUAGACUUGAGGUCAAUGAACCUUUGUUCAGUAAUUUGAGUUUAUUUCAGAGACUAACAGUUUGGGUUGGUUUAAGUCAGUCAGAUAUGAACAGCAUAUGGUUGUGUCAUAAACUUUGUCUCGUGAACGUCACAUGGUCGUCUCAUGGAAAUGUAUGGUGAAUGCAUUGUGCUCCUUGUAACGGCUGUUGGUCUGCUAUAGAGAAAGAUUUCCCUCAAAAUCCCACCAGAUUCUCUCCACCUCAACUCCUUUUUCUUAUCGGUCUUUGCAUUUCUCAUUAGCAGAAAUUAUGACAUAAAACACACGGUUUAAAAAAGAAGCAAAAGACAAUCUUGAUCAUGUGUGAUGGCAUCACAGUUUACUCAACAGUUCCUUGCUAUGGUGUGUGUACUGUAUGUGAGAGCAGCACAGAGUACUGUAGCUGUAACAUCCUCUCUAUCAACAUACUUUGACAGGCCAGUCAUUUGGGCACUCUGUCCUAAGUGGUCGUUUUAUUGUUGGUAAACGUUGGCAUUAUUUCGGUUUGUUGUGUAAGUGAAGUGGAGUUGCCCUUUCAAAGCUCUUUAGUAAAAAAAUUGCUCUGUACACUUAAAUUAUUUUAAGUAGUCAACCCGGUCAGCACCUUAAACAGUGCAUUAGGAAAGUAUUCAGACACCUUGACUUUUCCACAUUUUGUUACAGCCUUAUUCUAAAAUUGAUUACAUUGUUUUUUUCCCUCAUCAAUCUACACUCAAUACCCCAUAAUGGCAAAGUAAAAAACAUGUAAUUUAUUACAUAUUAAAAACUGAAAUAUACAUUUACAUAAGUAUUCAGACCCUUUACUCAGUACUUUGUUGAAGCACCUUUGGCAGUGAUUACAGCCUCAAGUCUUCUUGGGUGUGACGCUA